UCAAUAUGGCUGAAGCUCUUGUUUCCAUAGCCUUGGAACAGCUGGCUCCAUUCAUUCUUCAACAGGCGAGAGGAGGGAUAAGCUUGAUUGUGGGUUCCAAGCAAGAAGUUGAGAAGCUUCAAAGCAAUUUCCGGGCAAUUCAAGCUGUGUUGGCUGAUGCUGAGAACCGCCAAGUGAAGGAGAACACCGUGAGAGAUUGGUUAGACAAGCUCAAAGAUGUGUCCUAUGACAUAGAUGAUGUCUUGGACGAGUGGAACACGAAGUUUCUGAAAUUACAAAUUAAAAGAGCUAAACAUGCUUCUAAGCCUCUGAAAAAGGUAUGUUCCCUUGUUCUCCGUUAUCUCAGUUGUAAGCCACUCGUUAUGCGUUAUGAAAUUGCUGUCAAUAUAAAAGAUCUUCGUAGAAAACUAGAUAUUAUUGUUAUGGAGAGAGAGAGGUUUCAGUUUAGAACAAUCGUCGAGGGUAGCAAAGAAGUAGAACGACCAAUGACAACCUCUUUUAUUGAUUUGAAAGAGGUUCGUGGAAGAGAUAAUGAUAGGAAUUCACUAGUCGAUUUGCUCUUGAGUCAAAGUAGUCACCAACCAGCCCUCCCCAUAAUCUCUAUAGUAGGGAUGGGAGGAAUCGGCAAGACAACUCUUGCUCGACUAGUUUUUAAUGACAAUAAGGUGAACACCCAUUUUGAUAAAAAAAUAUGGGUGUGUGUUUCUGAGCCUUUCGAUGAACUUAGGAUUGCAAAAGCAAUUCUUGAAUCUCUCACAAGUAGUCCAUCACAAUUAGUUGAAUUAGAAACUGUAAUGCAAAGCAUACGUAGAAAAAUUGAAGGAAAAAAGUUUCUUCUUGUCUUAGAUGAUGUAUGGACUGAAAAUUCUGAAAAUUGGGAAAAUUUAAAACAUACUCUGAACUGUGGUUCUCUAGAAAGUAGAAUUUUAGUGACCACACGUAAGGAGAAUGUUGCAAAUGCUGUUGGAACCACCAACAUAAUCUCACUAGGGAUACUUCCUGAGAAGGAAUGUUGGUCUUUGUUUUGUCAACUUGCAUUUUCUGGAAAAACCUAUAGAGAGUUUGAAGAAAUCGGUAAAAAAAUUGUUAAAAAGUGUAAAGGUUUGCCUCUUGCUGUAAAGACUUUAGGUAGUCUUUUGCGCUUUAAAAGAAAAUUUGAAGAGUGGGAAAGUAUCUUAAAUAGUGAAAUAUGGGAAUUAAAAGAGGUAGAACAGAAGAUUUUUCCACCUCUGUUAUUUAGCUACUAUGACUUGUCCUCUAUAUUGAAAAAAUGUUUCUCAUAUUGUGCUAUUUUCCCAAAGGAUUAUGAGAUACAGAAAGAUGUAUUGAUCAAGUUAUGGAUGGCACAAGGUUAUUUAAGGUCAGAGGCAAAUAAGGAUAUGGAGUUAGUUGGUGAGGAGUAUUUUGAAACGUUAGCAAUGCGUUCUUUCUUCCAAGAUUUUCAAAAAGAGGAAUAUGAUAUUGAUAUACAUUCUUGUAAGAUGCAUGAUAUAGUACAUGAUUUUGCUCAAUUUCUUACCCAAAAUGAAUGUUAUACAAUAGAGGUUGAUGGUAGAGGAGAAAUUGAAUUAGAAUCUUCUUAUGUUAAAGUUAGACAUUCAAUGAUAAAGAUUCAAGGAGGAGCCUCAUUUCCUAGCUCUAUUUAUACUAGAAAUACUUUUCUACGUAGUCUUGUGGUUGAUUGUAAUUACGAUCCUGACCUUAAGAUAGUUUUGUCCAAAUUAAUUGAUCAAUUUACAUGUCUAAGGUCAUUAUCUUUGUGUAUGUGCUCAAUUGAAGAAAUUCCUGUAGAAAUAAAAAAAUUAAUACACUUGAGGUACCUUGAUUUGUCUUGGAAUGAAAACAUAAAAGAAUUGCCUGAGACAUUGUGUGGGUUAUAUAAUCUACAAACCUUAGAGAUAAGUGGAUGUGAAAAUAUCAAAAAACUACCUCAAGGGAUUGGAAACUUAAUCAACUUGAGACAUUUGUUAAAAUCGGGGAUUGAUAGUAUAAGUUACAUGCCAAAAAGUUUGGAGAGAUUAACUGGUCUUCGAACAUUAGAAAGAUUUGUUAUAAGUGAGGGCAAUUAUGGUAGUGAAGAAUGUUGUGUUGAAUGUCUAAAAAACUUCAAACACCUUCGAGUAUUUGGAAUAAAAGCGUUGGGAAAUUUGAGAGAUGUGGAUGAGGUUAAAGGAAUAGAAUUAAACAAUAAGAAGAACUUGCGUGCGUUGCAUGCAGACUUUGAGGGGAGGAUGAAUGAGGAGCAAAAUCAACAACUUCUUGAGGAGUUGCAACCACAUCCAAAUUUAGAGAUAUUAGGGCUACAAAAUUACAGUGGCAAUACUAUUUCUCCUAAUUGGAUGAUGUCAUUGACCAAAUUGAGAAGCUUAUUUAUUUGGGAUUGUGUAAAUUGUGAGCAUCUGCCUCGUUUGGGUAAGUUAUCAGCUCUUGAAAUUCUUUGGAUGGAGGGAAUGAAGAGUGUGAAAAGAGUGGGUAAUGAGUUUUUGGGAAUAGAGAGUGAUGCCACGCCGUCAUCUUCAUCAAUUAUUGCGUUCCCCAAACUAAAAUUUCUAUGCUUCUGGGACAUGAAAGAAUGGGAAGAGUGGAAUUACGGGAGUCCAAAGAGAGGAGACGAAGAUAUUCCAGUCAUGCCAUCUCUUCAGACCUUGAAACUAGUAUCCUGCCCCAAAUUGAAGUCUCUACCAGACCACCUUCAUCAGAUGACAGCGUUGAAGAAGGAAAUAUAUGAUUGUCCUCUUCUUCAAAGAACAGAGAACCCAUAGCUGAUCGUCAUCUUCCUCUGAUUAAGUUCUCUAAAAUUGUCAACUUCAACACUGUUUUUUCUUCAAAACACAGUUUUGACCAACGUCUCUCAAGUCUUAACUUCAACUUUGAUUCUGCAAAGGGACAUCCUUUGAAUUCUCAAUCCACAGAUAAGAACAGUGAAAGUGAGCAAUGCUUCAUUAGGUGCAUCUGAGCAAGAUAUAAAGGAGUUCUUUUCAUUUUCUGGGGAAAUUGAACAUGUUGAGAUGCACAGCAACCAGGAAAUCCUGCACUGGAGACGUCUUUUGAAGGAAGUGCUGAAUAUCCGGCACUACUGUAGUUUGAAGCAAUUGUUAUGUUUUGUUGUUGGAUCUGAAUUGGAUUAGGUAAUCUAACCAUAGCAAUUCUCAUACAAUCUUGAAUCUGGGCCAUUUUAUCAACUCUUUUUUGUCCAUAUUAGCAUCACUUUCUACCAGAAAACCAAACCAUUUCUCCAUAGCACAGCCUAGUUUCUUUUCAUCUAUCAGUGCAGCGAUUUUCUCUUUAGCUUCUUGUUGUGGAAUGCAAACUCAACAGUUUUCGUAUUUUUUAUAACAUUCUGACUAGCAUCAUUAAAUGGGCUUUUUUAGCUUGAUUUUGGAUGUCAGCUCAUGGUUUUUGAUGCUGGAACCUUAGCUACAGCAGGAAUGGUGCCAUUCAUGAUUAAACCAAAAAUAGUUUUUCUCCAAGCAAUUUGGAAUAAUUUAAAAAUAUGCUAUGAACUAGCAGCACUACAUUGAAAUUUAAUUCCAAGUAGCAUUCUUCUUUCAUUAAAUAACUCUUCGUUUGCACAAAAAGUUUUCCAAAUCUUUGUCCAUACAACUACCUUGAAACAAAAGCUGAGUUCCAUUAACAGCAUAUUACGUUUCUUUGAUCGUGGUGUCAUCAUUCCUUUCAUUAUUAUCCUUUGGAAAUUAUCUCAUGCUAUGUUCUAUUUUCGGGUCUCAUGCAAGAUCUUUAGCUUCUUUUCUUCAAUUAAUUUACUUGAUAAGCAUGUUUUACAUCACUAACUUGUUAGUUUCAUGAAUUAUUAAAUUUAGUCAUAAACAACUCCUAAAUCACAGUAGUGGACCAACCUAAAAAGAGAAUUUAAUUUUUUUUUGGAAAAGCAAUUAGAACAGAGCAUUUCCGCAGAUCAACUUUGAGAUGAUAAACAUUUUAUAAUUAGACUUAAAUUUAUUGCUGACAUUUCAGCAGAUUAUGAUAGCUAUAGCUUCUCCUUUCCCAGUAAGCAGAAUUCAUUUAUGUUGAUGAUGGUUUGUUCCAGAUAUCUUAUGGUUAUUAAGUAACUGGAAGACAUUUUUCCUAUCAUUGAAACUUUUUUGAUAUCUCACACUUGAUGCAGUAAAGCAAGUUUAACAUGUAAUGAUUUUCUUCAAGAAUCAAUGUCAAGCAAUAGUGUACCACACAAGCUUGGUAGAAUUAGCUCCUUUUCCUUUUAUCUACACAAUGACAUCUGUCCAAAAGAGUCUGCAUGCUGCUGAGAAUGGCCUUUGAACAUGAUGAGUAGAGUGAUGACCAGAAUCAGGGGAAAUAGUUGCUUAUUCUUAUGUGACAGAGAGGGUUUUGGUAGAAUUGCUGAUGUCUUGUGUGGGAAGUUUCCCAGAAUCACAAUCAUUGUUCCUGUGGAGUGUCAAAAUUGGCUUAAAGGUUUCACUGCUGUUGCCAUUACAUAGCAACUGAAGGCUAUAGAUUAAAUUAGGACAGCGCAAACGGGCAUGCAAUCAACAAGUUAUCAAUGCAUCUUGAUCCUGAAUUUCACAUCUUGAGUUAUAGCUAGAGCUGUCUUGAAUGGGCAUAAUGUAUCCCGUCUCAAAACUCAGCUAGCUGCUUGACAUUGAGCUUUUUGUAUCUCUGUUUCUGAAUCUUCUUCUCGGGCAGCAUAUCCCAAAUGCAAACAGACAACAGUUGAGCAUAUAAGAUGGAGAAUCCAAUAUCGAAGGAAAACGGUUACUCGUGGCAAGAAUAAGUGCAAUUAAUGUCCUCGAUGAAAAAAGCAGCCAAAAACGAGAGAGAGGGAGAGUGUGUUCUGCUCCAACUGCUGUCCCUUCUAUGCCAGCCACCAUCUAGAUUCUUUCCAUCACUGUAUAUGUUUGUGAGAGAGGCAAAAACAAAGAGAAACGGAGAGGAAGUAUGAUUGUACUCUAGUUUGCACUAGAGAAGACUUUGUAUUCCCAUUUUUGAUAAUAGUGAAAGACUUUAAUGGACUACGGUCCCGUGGUUUUUACUCCUCACAUUGGGGAGGUUUUCCACGUAAAAAUUUGGGUGCCAUUGAUCUUUAAUUUUCUGCAUAUAUUUGUAGCUUUUGAUUAUAUUUACUCAAGAAAGAAAAGGAAUUGUUGGAAGAUA